AUGACUAGAGGAAAUGGUACUGAAAUCACUGAGUUCUAUCUUCUGGGAUUCAGCGUCCGGCAAGACUUUCAGUAUGUGCUCUUCAUGUUAUUUCUUGUAAUCUACCUGACAUCCAUGGUGGGUAAUGCUGGAAUGAUCCUACUCAUCAACAUAGACGCCAGACUGCAGACACCCAUGUACUUUUUCUUACAGCAUUUGGCAUUCGUGGACAUCUGCUACACAUCUGCCAUUACUCCCAAGAUGCUGAAAAGUUUUAUCACGGAGAACAAAUCGAUAUCCUUUGGAGGGUGUGUCAUGCAAUUGUUGGUCUAUGCAGCAUUUGCCACCUCUGACUGUUACCUCCUUGCAGUAAUGGCAGUGGACAGGUACGUGGCCAUCUGUGAGCCGCUUCGUUACCCCAUCAUCAUGUCCCGAAAAGUCUGCAUCCAAUUGGUGACUGGCUCCUAUAUCCUGGGCUCCAUAAAUUCCUCUGUCCACACAGGCUUUACCUUUUCACGAUCAUACUGUAAAUCCAACCACAUCGACCACUUUUUCUGUGAUGUCCCCCCAAUUAUCAGCCUUUCGUGCUCCAGCAUUCAUAUCAACGUCAUGUUGCUUCUCAUCUUUGUGGGAUUUAACCUGAUGUUCACUGUGUCUGUUGUGAUCGUCUCCUAUAUGUACAUCAUGGCCACCAUCUUGAAGAUGGCUUCCACUGCAGGAAGGAAGAAGACCUUCUCCACCUGUGCCUCCCACCUGACAGCUGUCACCAUUUUCUACGGGACACUCUCGUACAUGUACUUGCAGCCCCACUCUGAUAAUUCCCAGGAGAACAUGAAAGUGGCCUCUACGUUUUAUGGGAUUGUGAUUCCCAUGUUGAACCCGCUCAUCUACAGCUUGAGAAAUCAGGAGGUGAAAGAAGCCAUUAGGGCAAUAGGCAAUAAAUUCUUCAGAUGA